AUGUGUAAUCUUCACUCAACGCAGCCUCAACGCACGCCAACGCUCAGCAGCGUCGAGCCCCUGCUCGCCGCUGAGGUCCCUGAGCACCCGGCCUGCACAGAAGCUCUUGCCUUCGCCCACUCAUCCCUGCCAGAAUCCAUAUUCAACCACAGCUUCCGCGUAUUCCUCUAUGCCCGCCGCACCCUCUUGCUCCCGGGCCCUACUACGCUUACCGCACCCUCAACCGCGCCUCACGUCCUCUUCGUGGCAUGCAUCCUCCACGAUAUCGGCACAAUAGACGCCCAUGCAGCUGACCCGGAGCGCUUCGAGGUCACGGGCGCCAACAUGGCAGCCUCGUUGCUGAAGAAGCACGGCGUCGACGAAGAGGCUGUGCGGGAGGCCUGGCUUGCCAUUGCCAUGCACACCAGCCUGCACGUCGCCGAGGGCGCGGGCGGGCUUGUCACGGCCCUGAGGCUGGCUGUGAGGGCCGACUUUGGCCUCUACGCCGGGGUCGGGGCGAGCGCUUUGGAAGAGGCUGAGAGCCGCCUACCACGGCUCGGCGUUGAGAAGGAGCUUAGUGACGCGGUCGUGAAGCAGGCCAUGGCGGUGCCUUCGAAAGCACCGGGGGGAUCUUGGCCACGAGAUUUGGUGAGGGGCAAGGAAGCAGAACCGGAGUGGGAGGGAGUCAACAAGGCCUUCUAG